GCCGCUUUUUGUCAGCUCCGAGCUCGGCCCCUCCUCCCUCCCUCCGCCCGCCCCACCAGCCGGAGCCCGGCCCAGUGCUCCAGAGAAAGGCCGGCCUGCAGGAGCCGCCACCGUCGCCGACCUCCCGCACUCUCGUCCGGUGCCCUGACUGAUGAGAAUUAAAGGCCAUGGAUGAAGAUGGACUUGAAUUGCAACCACAAGAGCCAAACUCAUUUUUUGAUGCAACAGGAGCUGAUGCUACACACAUGGAUGGUGAUGAAAUUGUUGUGGAAGUACAAGAAACUGUUUUUGUUUCAGAUGUUGUGGAUUCAGACAUAACUGUGCAUAACUUUGUUCCUGAUGACCCAGACUCAGUUGUAAUCCAAGAUGUUAUUGAGGAUGUUGUUAUAGAAGAUGUUCAGUGCCCAGAUAUUAUGGAGGAAGCAGAUGUGUCUGAAACGGUCAUCAUUCCUGAGCAAGUGCUGGACUCAGAUGUAACUGAAGAGGUUUCUUUAGCACAUUGCACAGUCCCAGAUGAUGUUUUAGCUUCUGAAAUUACUUCAGCCUCAAUGUCUAUGCCUGAACAUGUCUUGACGAGUGAAUCUAUACAUGUGUCUGAUGUCGGACAUGUUGAGCAUGUGGUUCAUGAUAGUGUAGUAGAAGCAGAAAUUGUCACCGAUCCUCUGACAACUGACGUCAUUUCAGAAGAAGUAUUGGUAGCAGAUUGUGCCUCUGAAGCAGUCAUAGAUGCCAGUGGGAUCCCUGUGGACCAGCAAGAUGAUGACAAAAGCAACUGCGAGGACUACCUUAUGAUCUCCUUGGAUGAUGCAGGCAAAAUAGAACAUGACGGUUCCUCUGGAAUGACCAUGGAUGCAGAGUCAGAAAUUGAUCCGUGUAAAGUGGAUGGCACUUGCCCUGAAGUCAUCAAGGUGUACAUUUUUAAAGCUGACCCUGGAGAGGAUGAUUUAGGUGGCACUGUAGACAUUGUGGAGAGUGAGCCUGAGAAUGACCACGGAGUUGAGUUACUUGAUCAGAAUAGCAGUAUUCGUGUGCCAAGGGAAAAGAUGGUUUAUAUGACUGUCAACGACUCUCAGCAAGAAGAUGAAGAUUUAAAUGUUGCUGAAAUCGCAGACGAAGUUUAUAUGGAAGUGAUUGUAGGAGAGGAGGAUGCUGCUGCCGCCGCUGCAGCAGCUGCUGUGCAUGAGCAGCAAAUGGAUGACAAUGAAAUCAAAACCUUCAUGCCAAUAGCAUGGGCAGCAGCUUACGGUAAUAAUUCUGAUGGAAUUGAAAACCGGAAUGGCACUGCAAGUGCCCUCUUGCACAUAGAUGAGUCUGCUGGGCUCGGCAGACUGGCUAAACAAAAACCAAAGAAAAGGAGAAGACCUGAUUCCAGGCAGUACCAAACAGCAAUAAUCAUUGGCCCUGAUGGACAUCCCUUGACUGUCUAUCCUUGCAUGAUUUGUGGGAAAAAGUUUAAGUCCAGAGGAUUUCUGAAAAGGCACAUGAAAAACCACCCUGAACACCUUACCAAGAAGAAGUACCGCUGUACUGACUGUGAUUACACUACCAACAAGAAGAUAAGUUUACACAACCACCUGGAGAGCCACAAGCUGACCAGCAAGACAGAGAAGGCCAUCGAAUGUGAUGAAUGUGGAAAGCAUUUUUCUCAUGCUGGGGCUUUGUUUACUCACAAAAUGGUGCAUAAGGAAAAAGGAGCCAACAAAAUGCACAAGUGUAAAUUCUGUGAAUACGAGACAGCUGAACAAGGGUUGUUGAAUCGCCACCUUUUGGCAGUCCACAGCAAGAACUUUCCUCAUAUCUGCGUGGAGUGUGGUAAAGGCUUUCGUCACCCAUCAGAGCUCAAAAAGCACAUGCGAAUCCACACUGGGGAGAAGCCGUACCAAUGCCAGUACUGCGAAUAUAGGUCUGCAGACUCUUCUAACUUGAAAACACAUGUAAAAACUAAGCAUAGUAAAGAGAUGCCAUUCAAGUGUGACAUUUGUCUUCUGACUUUCUCAGAUACCAAAGAGGUGCAGCAACAUGCUCUUAUCCACCAAGAAAGCAAAACACACCAGUGUUUGCACUGCGACCAUAAGAGUUCGAACUCAAGCGAUUUGAAACGACACAUAAUUUCCGUUCACACAAAGGACUACCCACAUAAGUGUGACAUGUGUGAUAAAGGCUUUCAUAGGCCUUCAGAACUCAAGAAACAUGUGGCUGCCCACAAGGGUAAAAAAAUGCACCAGUGUAGACAUUGUGACUUUAAGAUUGCAGAUCCAUUUGUUCUAAGUCGCCAUAUUCUCUCAGUUCAUACAAAAGAUCUUCCAUUUAGGUGUAAGAGAUGCAGAAAGGGAUUUAGGCAACAGAAUGAGCUUAAAAAGCAUAUGAAGACACACAGUGGCAGGAAGGUGUAUCAGUGUGAGUACUGUGAGUAUAGCACUACAGAUGCCUCAGGCUUUAAACGGCACGUUAUUUCCAUUCAUACGAAGGACUAUCCUCACCGUUGUGAGUACUGCAAGAAAGGGUUCCGAAGACCUUCUGAAAAGAACCAGCACAUAAUGCGACAUCAUAAAGAAGUUGGCCUGCCCUAACAGUACUUCUGCGGACAUUUGCAGAGAUGUUGGCUUUGAAGCAGAAAGUUCAUUUUUUAAAGCCAGUCAGUCUCAUUCACAUACAAUACUGUACGUUGAUUUAUGCUGUGUACAAAUAGGAUUAUUGCUUCUAGUUGACCUUUUUUUACAUUUUGUUCAAUACUGUGUUCUGAAUUCUAUUCAGUUUGUUUAAUAAAUGGGGAAAAGUAGCAACAGGCAAGUUGCUUUUAAUACAGUAAUCCCUGAUUCUAUACAGAAUUUUUCUAUCUUAGAAGCUUUAUAUUUAUUUAAAUAUUUACCUUGCUUACCUUGAUGGUACUAUUCUGUGACCAUUUAACUUAAGGUAACUUUAGAUCGGUAACUCUGAAACUAUUCAUGUUGACUCAUUUUUUUUUUCCCAUAAAUUUCUCACAAUAAAAUUGUCAGAGACAUCUACUAACAUCAGUGGGAGAUUUGAUGGUCAGGUCUAAUUAUCCUAAAAUGAGAGCCAUUUACUUGUCUUGCCUAAUAUUUCCAGACCACAUGACAGUGAAAGUUUCCAUUUAAGCUUUUGUGACCCUGGCAUUGCUGAGUAAAGAGCAGUGGCUGGGUUUGUGUUUACUUUUCAUUUUGGUUAGCAGACAAAAUAUACUUUUGGGGGGCUUUCUUUGGAGUAUUUACAUCGUUUGUCAGCAUAGAAAAUGUUUAGAAAACUUUAUGGAAAAAGUUUGCUUGAUCCUGUUAUAUUUUGAUUAUUCUGUCUGGGCUGCUUUGUCUUGGAAUGGUUGUAUGCUAUAAAUGAGACUUGCUGAGGACUGCGUUUUGGAAUCUCCUAGAAGUAAUUUGUGGCUCAUAGGAUCUUUUGCAACUUGAUAUAUGUAAAUGUAUCCUGAAUUAUAUAUAUGCACAUACAUAUAACAUGUAUCUGUGUGUAUUGCUUAUUUUACAUACUUAUACACACAACCCCAAGUAGUAGUUGUUUGAGAUCUAUAAUGAAAAGUAUUACAUUUACAAUAACAUGAAAGAUACAGGGAUGAAUGAGAGAGCAUUUUGUAAACUGUGCUCUUCAGAGAGACUACUCAGGUGAAGAAAUUAGAAGGAAAAUAAGGACACUAGUAUUUUUAAAGAGUAAAGGUAUUUUCUUUUAAAAUGUCUUUGAUAAUUGAAAAAUAGAAGGUAAGGUGUUUCUAGAUAGAAUGUUUUCAUACAACUUCAGUUCCAUGCCUUUAUAUUUUCUGAAAAGCUAAUGAGAAUCCAGACAUAACUUCUCAUUUCACUCUGAGAAGCCCAUGAGGGAGCUCUGUGUCACCAAGUGAGGUGGGGGGACUAAGGAAGUGACGGCUCCACGCCACUUGUACUAGAGAGGGGAUGCUAAUUAUGACUUGCACUUGGCAGGUUCCACCUGCUCUGUAAUUUCUUAGUUACAGUUAGCAAAUUAAAAAAAAACUUAACACUCAAGUUGGCUUUCAUUGGAAGAUAAAGGUGUGUUCUAAGUGCAUGAGGAAAAUCUGAGGCCUUAUUUGGAAUGUCACCAAGACUUUGUUUUGCCUUUCUUUUGAGAGUUGACUUCUUUCAAACAAAUAGUUCUGAAUCAGUCAUAAAUUCAUAAAGUAAACUCAGUUAUGUUGAGAUGAAUCUUGGAGAAAGAAGAUAAAACAGUUUUGGCGGGUCUCUUAAAUUGGCUGUCCACACAUGAGUGUCUGGCAUGUCAUUGGAGAUGAAGGAAUUUUCUUCCCACUUGGUAGCUGCCUUGCCACUUCAUUAUGGUGCUCCAUUCCCUUUGUGCUGUUAGGUUUUUACCUUUCAUCUUUCUCUCUGCCAUCACUAUUUGUAUUCAAGAAUUAUAUUUAUAGGAUUAGAAAUCUAAAUACUUGUUUUUUGGCAAGCCUCCGAAGUGCUAGAUUGAUUUAGUCCAGUUCUUCAUCAAGUGCUUUAGGUUGGUGUGAACUCCAAUCUGAAUGCCAGUCAAAGCCAAUGCAUGGGCCUAUCCCAGUGGGAAUUCCUGUGCCCUCUUGGCCCCCAUAAUGUGCUUUAAAAAAAAAAUAGUGACAAUUAUGUGAUUCAUUGCCUUGCAGUACUAUUCUUGAAUGCUCUGUCUGUUUUUUUGUGAGAACCUUAAAAUCUCCCUUAGGGUUUUUUCCCAGAAAUAAUGUAAAACACUGAAAUGAAAAUGGAAAUCUGUCAGUUAUGUCCUGUAAAAUUAAUACAGAAAAUAUAAAUAAUUGGUCAUCUAGCUAUAUUUUUUUAAAUAAACUGAAAGAUAAAGAACACAACACUUUACACACUUUAUAUUUCUCUUACAUAGUAUGGAAUUAUACACAGUUUUUUUCUUUUUAAAGCACAAUAUUGAAACCUUUAAAAGGUAUUUAAGGGUUUGGUCAAGUGAAUAUUAAGAUGUUAUUUGUCUGUAUAAAGAGAAAAUCAAAGUGUAGUCACUGUUACGUACUGACAUUUAGUUACAACCUAGUUUUAAUUCUUAAAACAAUUUUGAUUAGCAAAGCUAAAAAAAUGAUGUUUCAGUUAAAUGUUUUAAAGAGGUACAGAUUUUUACAAGGACAUAAUAUAACUUAUUGUUCUGUAGAAAUAUCCUAUUAAGUAUUGUAUGUCCCUCCCUCUGUACACUUUGUAAAAAAGUAAAAUACAUAAAAAAAUCAUAUAGGGAUGUGUGACAUUAUUGUAAUUGUGUACUUGACAAUAACGUGCAAAAAUAAAAAUCAGAAUAUUUUCCUGUUACUGAAUGUUUAGUCUAUUUGAUACCAGUACUAAGUUAAUGCUUUUUCUUAAGGAAAAAAUGUACAGUUUUUGUAAACCUAAUAAACAUCAAAAGCAGUGGAUUCUUUUCAUUUCCCCAUUUCCUAAUUCCUUGUAUGCACCAGUGGAAUGCAAAAUGCUUGAUUGCUUUGAAUUUUGUGACUUGAUGGAAAUACUGAUAAUAUUUCAGCCCUGCAAAUUUGCAAGUAAUAGUUCAGAAAAGUUAAGAGGCAAUUGGUGAGUCCUUUGAUGAGUGUGUUGUCCUUGGAAUUCUUUUUUUUUUUUUCUUUUCAUACAAGAUUUUUAAAAUUAGGAUCUCCAGUUACCUUGAGAUAAAUUUCCCAUGCAUAAUGAGGUUCUCUGGAGCACUUAAAGUUCAUUUCAGUGUUAAUCCAUAGCACAUUUAAUCAGUGGGGGUUGUCCCCAAAUCCACAGUAGAAGCCCUCCCCUAGAGCUACCUGUUUUUGCCUAGUUUGGAGGACACAAAGUAGGUGCAACAUAGUAGAACAUGGUCAUUGUCCUAAAAAAAUCUAAAGUUAGGUAAAAAGUUACCAGGAGUCAAAAGAGAAUGACAGGAUAGAUUUGAACUAUCUUUGAUUUUAAAAAAUGAGAUCCUCAAAACCGAAAGUUUCUGUGAUGACUGCCCUUGUACUGUUCACCAUGUAAGAACUUAUUCACUAUGUAAGAAUUUGUUCACCAUGUAAGAACUUGUUCGUUAUGCUUCAGAAGAUUGGAGACUGAUGAGAAUUAGGCUUGGGGUGGAUUAAUGAUUUUGCAUUGAGUCCCCUAUACAGAAUUUUAUUGUUGUUAACAACCAUUUGAUCAAUAAAUAUGAGAGAUGCCCUCUCAAAAAAAAAAUAAAAAAGGGAUCCUGCAGAUCUUGAACUCUGUAGGAACAAGUGUUUGCCUAAUAGUUGAAACAGUAAAUAAUCAAAACUUGAGGUAAAUGAUCAAGAGAACAUGGUGAAUGUCUAGAACCAUAAAUUGGACAAAAGCAUAGCAUGCUAAGAACUUAGUAGUAAUAGAAUAAUAGAAUGCCUGGCAGACAUCUUACCAGUCUGAUUCCAAGCAGUCAGAUAAUGUACUGCUCUUUUCUCUGGGAAACUCAUUAGUAAUUUCCUUUAUUUCCCCCAAAUUCUAAGAUUCAGGUAAGGAAAAGCAUGGCCCAACCAGUCAAAAUCUUGAAGGCGUGCUUGAGAGUAGUCGUUUUCAAAGUGUGGUCUGGCAGCAGUGGCAGCAACAUGAUCACCUGGGACUUUGUUAAAGAUGCAAAUUCUCGGCCUCACACACACAAACCCACUGAAUUGGGAAACUGGGUGUGGGACCCAGUGAUCUGCACUUUAACAUGUUCUCCAAGUGGUUCUGAUGCAUGCUCAAGUUUGGGAAACACUGUUUUAGAGCACUUGAACUUAAAAGAUGACUGGCACAACAUUUUGUGAGGUAGACAAGGAAAUACACGCACACCCUGAAAUACGCAAUGAAGGUGAAAUGGGACUCAGUGUAUGCCUUAGUUACCCUUUUUAAAGUGUGAGCCUGCCAGUCAACGAGCGGACAUGUGAAUAGUUUGUGUGUGUUUAAUUCAUUGGCCCAACAUUACUUGAGUAAUUCAUACAUUUAAAACCAUUUUGCCACAUUAUGCAGCUGUUAAGUCGAAGUUAAGUUUGCCCUUUUGGGUUUUAUCUUAUGUAUAUAUUGUUUGCCUUUUUCAUAAUUCUUGAAUUUGUUAUAUAUUGUUCCUGUUAUUUUUGACAUCUUUGCUAUUGUAAAUAAAUUCCUAUUUUGCUUUA